AUUAAAUAUAUAUAUACUUCUCCUCCUUUUUCUUCCUUUCCAUAUAUAUAUAAUUAGCUAAUGUCUUCCAAACAACAUAUUGCAAAAGCGGUCAAGAAUUAUAGCCUAAGCUAAAACAAACUCUUCUUUCACAACAGCUUGCAGUUUUCUGUUAUACGAUAUUUAUAUGGAUCAAGAAUAUGGUUGUUAGAGCCACUUCUGCGUUUCACCAAAAGCUGUGAUUCUAUAUACAGACACCCUUCAAGAUUUCAUUCUGUCACAUAAGGCCAACAUUUUCUUGCAGGCUGCAGCUAACUUAACUGUAUAAAAGAGUGGUUCUUGCUAUUGCAAAAGUACUAUCAAUGGAGAAUUUGGAUUGGGAUGAAACUCCAGUUAAUUUUGGAGCUUCAUUUGAUCCGAUACACAUAAUUUCUAAUUGGAACAUGCCACAACGCCAAGAAGCUGCUCUUAGAUUGGCUACUGAUUCUAUGGCUGCUAAAUCUGGAGCAGAUCUAACCAGGGAUUGUACUGAAAUGGGCUUUUCUUCUUCUCCAAUGCUAAAUAUGCCUAAUUACAUUAGUGAUAAUAAUCCAAUGGGCCUAAUGUCCGAUUUUGGUGUUCAAAUGUUUAAGCCAACAACUGGACUACUUUCAAACAGUAGAUCUCUAGAAUCCAUUGAUUGCUUACUAUCCGCAACCACCACCAACAACACGGACACGUCAAUCGAGGACGAUGGCAUGUCCAUAAUUUUUGCUGAUUCAAAUAGCUUGUGGAAUUCGGGAGAGUCUACAAGCAUUAAUGCUCCUAAGCUGUCGCCAGGUUAUCAACAGAUUUUGACCUGUCUGCCUGAUCAUAAGUUACCGGAGGAAGAAAAACAAAGAAACCGAAAACAUUACGAGCCCAUCAAUGCUAAUGAGCUUGAUGAGGCGGUCUCACAAUCAUCUCCUGAUCAUAACAAGAGAAGCCACGAUCAAGCUCUGGGAAAUUCACCAAGCGAGUUCAAUCUGUUUCAGUCAGAUAAUUCGUUAAACGGAGAUUGUGGUAAUUUUCAGCUCAUUUCGGAAAAGCAAUCCAAGUGCAAGAAGCCCAGGUUAACGGAGAAUAUUAAUCAGCGUCCAAGUUCAUCAAACAUCAAUUUUCAACAAGCUAGCUCAUCGGCAUCCUCAAUAGAUCAAGAGCCCGAUCCAGAGGCAAUCGCGCAGAUGAAGGAAAUGAUAUACCGGGCUGCAGCAUUCAGGCCCGUGAAUUUCGGGACUGAAGUACUCGAAAAGCCCAAGAGGAAGAACGUAAGAAUAUCAACGGAUCCACAGACAGUCGCGGCGAGGCAAAGGAGAGAAAGAAUAAGCGAAAGAAUUAGGGUUUUGCAAAGGCUAGUUCCAGGAGGAAGCAAAAUGGACACAGCAUCAAUGCUUGAUGAAGCAGCAAAUUAUUUGAAAUUUUUAAGGUCACAAGUUAAAGCAUUGGAAGCCAUAGGCCAAAAACAAGAUCCUUUUUCUUCAAUACCAUUUAAUUAUCCAAUUCCCAUGCAAUUACCACAUUUUCCACUACAAAACCCUAAUCCAAUUCAUCGACCAAAGAGUUGACGUGCUUUUUUUGUUGAAAAGAAAUCCAAGAGGAAAGGGACAAUAAAUUUGUUGUGUAAAGACAUUUUUAGUUUCUUUCUUAUUCUUUUUUUGUUUUUGUUGUUAUUAUUCUGCAGACGGAGGUUCAUUUUUUUCUUCCUCCCCUCAGUUUUCAAUUAGAUGGGACUAAGAAUAAUUUCUAGUACGUAUGUAGGAAUUGAUAAUUGUAUUUGUUUCUUUGCAUGGAACAAAUAAGGCUUGUUCAGUUAGUAGGAUAAUUUCCCAUGUCUAAUUAAGUUUUCAAAAGUGUAAUAGUUUAAGUUAUAUAUCAAGUAAUAAAUUUUAACACCA